GUCACCGGUCUUAUAUAGACUACCGAUCCACUGAUCACACCGGAUCAAGCAUGGAUGCAAGUAGUGGAUCAGUACUUUAUUAUACAGCCAAGGGAGUAGUUGCGUAGAGUAAUACUGAUCCAAUGUCCACAUGUACAUCAAGAAUUCCAGGAAUGGAUAUGAAACUAGCGGGCGACUAUAAAGAUGCACCGGAUGAAUCACAUCAAUCACAGAAUCAAACGUCUCAAUCCACCUUACCAUUCCCCACGGCGCCUGCAUCACCAUCGUGCUGCUUCUUGUGCUGCGCACAGCUCACCGUCCGUGGAGUCGCGUCGUAAGUGCUGGUGCCGCGAAAGGACGACUAGCACGCUACAGCUCCCCAGUGAGUUCUCCCUGCCCUCUUGUUCGAGAGCCUGAUCAGUCGUGGGUCCAUUCCUCCACGAAACUGUCCAAGUAUGUGUGGUAGAAAACGUAUGCAUCCUCUUGGCACUCUCAGUUCCACACUUCCCCUAGUCCUUGUCCUCUGCUCCCUUGUCCAUGCAUCUUCAUUAGGUGCUACGGCACUCCAAAAUGAUUCGAACACCGAUCUCCAUGCUCUCCGCUGCCUUAAACUCCAUCUCACCAGCUCUGCUAGACUCCUAGCCUCCUGGGAAAAUGAUUCGCUGCAGUUCUGCGGUUGGUCCGGUGUUACUUGCAGCAAGAGACACGCAUCUCGUGUCGUUGCACUGGACCUCGAGUCCCUUGACCUCAAUGGACAGAUACCGCCUUGUGUAGGCAAUCUCACUUUCCUCAGGAGAAUCCACAUCCCAAACAAUCAACUUACUGGCCAAAUACCACCUGAACUUGGCCGUCUAAAUAGGCUGCAGUACCUUAACCUCAGCACAAAUCAUCUUACUGGCACUAUCCCGAGCACUCUGUCUUCAUGCUUUCACCUUCAAAUUAUUGAUCUUGGGAGUAACUCCCUUCAUGGUGAAAUCCCCCCAACCCUGAGCCGGUGUUCACAUAUCCAACAGCUCAACUUGGAUCACAACAUGCUCAGUGGAGGCAUCCCACAAGGGUUGGGGAUGCUACAAAACCUUUCGGUUUUGGAUCUUGCUAGCAAUAGUCUGACAGGCGACAUCCCACUUUCACUUGGAAGCAGUUCUUAUCUUCAUUCUGUUGUUCUCACAAACAAUAGCCUCACAGGACCUAUCCCACCUCAUCUAGCGAAUAGUUCAUCACUUCAACUUUUAUCCUUGACAAGAAAUAGCCUGGGUGGAGAGAUUCCUUCUGCGCUGUUUAACAGCACGUCACUUCAAAAGUUAUCACUAGGACUGAACAACUUUGUUGGGUCCAUACCAGCUUCGUCAAACAUUGAUUCACCCUUACAAUACCUUAUCUUGCAAUCAAAUAAUCUUUCUGGCACCAUACCUCCUUCUUUAGGGAAUUUUUCUUCACUUCGCCUCCUCUCGCUAGCAGAUAAUAAUUUCCAAGGUAGAAUCCCGAUGAGUAUAGGCAAUAUUCCAUACCUGCAAGUACUAGAUCUCACUUACAACUUCUUGUCAGGGACUGUCCCUGGCACUCUCUACAACAUGUCAGCACUUACAUACCUUGGCAUGGGUACAAACAUACUUGUAGGGGAAAUUCCAUAUAACAUCGGGUAUACCCUUCCAAAUAUCCAGACUUUGAUUAUGCAAGGAAACCAAUUCCAAGGCCAAAUCCCCACUUCACUAGCCAACACAACAAAUCUUCAGAUGAUCAACCUCCGAGAGAAUCAAUUCCAUGGUAUUGUUCCUUCUCUUGGGACUCUUCUUAGUCUAGUCGAUCUAGAUCUAGGUGGAAAUCAACUUGAAGCAGGAGAUUGGUCUUUCUUAUCCUCAUUGGCCAAUUGCACACAACUGGUGAAGUUGCGUUUGGAUGAAAAUAACCUUCAGGGUGUCAUGCCCAAUUCCAUUGGAAGCCUUUCAAAAAGCUUAGGGUUACUGUUAUUGAGAUCAAAUAAAAUAUCUGGCAUUAUACCACAGGAGAUACAGUACUUGACAAGCCUCGAACUUCUUUACAUGGACCACAACUUGCUUACUGGAUAUAUUCCUGAAUCACUUGGAAAUCUUCCAAACUUGUUUGUCUUAAGCUUGUUCAAGAACAAACUUUCCGGAUCAAUUCCGCUUUCUGUUGGUAAUCUGAGUCAACUGAGCGAGCUCUAUUUACAAGAAAAUAAUUUGAGUGGUCCUAUCCCAGGAGCCUUAGCAGGCUGCAAAAAGUUGGAACUACUGAACCUCUCUUGUAACAGCUUUGAUGGGAGAAUACCAAAGGAGCUCUUUACUCUUGUUUCCCUUUCCCAGUGUCUGGACUUGUCUCACAACCAACUCUCUGGACAGAUACCUCUGGAGAUUGGCAGCCUGAAAAAUCUUGGGCCACUGAAUAUUUCCCAUAAUCAACUGUCUGGACAAAUACCCCCCACUCUAGGUCAGUGCGUCCAUUUGGAGUCCCUCCACAUGGAGGAUAACCUGUUUCAUGGGAAAAUCCCUCACUCGUUAGUAAAUUUGGGAGGAAUCAUUGAGAUGGAUCUAUCUCAAAACAACUUAUCUGGUGAAAUCCCUGACUUCUUUAAGUUCUUUAAGUCUAUGAAGCUUCUCAAUUUGUCCUUCAACAAUCUCGAAGGUCCAGUACCAGCAGAUGCAAUAUUUCAGAAUGGAAGCAAGGUUUUCAUUCAAGGGAACGUGAAGUUAUGUAUCAGCAUUCCAUUGCUGCAGCUGCCAUUUUGCAAUGCAGAGGCACCCAAACAAAGGAAUGUCUCCAGCAUUUUCAAGAUGGUAGGAUUUACAGUUCUUUCUUUGGUCCUGUUAUCAUGCUUUGCAACCAUUAUUUUGAAGAAGAAAAAGAAAAUCAAACAAGAAGCUCAUCCAUCCUGCAAAGAGUUGAAGAAGUUCACAUAUGCAAAUUUAGUGAGAGCAACAAAUGGUUUCUCACCAGAUAACUUGGUCGGUUCAGGAAAAUAUGGGUCUGUGUACAGAGGUAGAAUUGAAUCUGAAGAACAUGAAGUUGCCAUCAAAGUUUUCAAACUCAAUCAACUCGGAGCACCAAAAAGCUUCAUUGCUGAGUGCAAGGCGUUGAGAAACACUCGUCACAGGAAUCUUAUAAGGGUGAUUACAGCAUGCUCAACCAUUGAUCCAACAGGACAUGAUUUCAAAGCUAUUGUUCUUGAAUAUAGUGUUAACGGCGACCUGGAAAGUUGGCUCCAUCCAACAGUCCAUGAGGUUGGUCAGAGAAAGCCAUUGAGUUUCGGUACAAGAAUAGUAAUAGCAGUGGACAUAGCUGCUGCUUUGGAUUACCUCCAUAACCAAUGUGUGCCUCCUAUGGCACACUGUGAUCUGAAGCCUAGCAAUGUCCUUUUGGAUGAUUUCAUGGGCGCCCGUGUUGGCGAUUUUGGGUUGGCUAAGUUUCUGCAUAGUCAUAAUUCUUCGGACAUUCAUAGUUCUACAAGCUUAGUGGGGCCAAGAGGAUCGGUUGGAUACAUUGCACCAGAAUAUGGCUUUGGGAGCAAAAUCUCUACUGAGGGCGAUGUAUACAGCUAUGGAGUCAUCAUCUUAGAAAUGCUAACAGGAAAGCGCCCAACUGAUGAGAUGUUUAAAGAUGGCCUGAGCCUUUACAAAUUUGUUGAAAAAUCAUUUCCUCAAAAGAUUGAGGAGAUUCUAGACCCUAGAAUAGUUCCAGGUUAUAGGGAUGAAGGUGAAGAUGCAGGCGGUGAUUUAGACCGGGAAACUCAUCCAAUGGUUGCAAUGAACUGCAUCAUAAAGCUCAUUGAGCUUGGGUUGUUGUGCUCUGCAGAGACACCUAAAGAUCGGCCAACUAUACAGCACAUAUACAAUGAAGUUAUCACAAUCAAAGAAUCACUCUCAGAAUUGCAUGGCUGAGGAAAAGGAAAAAUGCAUACGAUGCCUUGAAGAAGACUAGUUUUACGUUUCCUGACUAAAAGUACUUGUUUUGUCCAAAAGGAAAAGUCUCUUGUGAUGCUUUCCCUACCCUGCCCCUCCCCUGUAUCUUGUGAUUUUUCUUUUACUUUGCCGCACCGAACCGGCACCACUGUAAACCCUACCUAUCUUAAUAUAAUGAAGCAGGCCAGCUGCAUUCGUCCAUUUUUUUUAUUGUGUAUGCAAACUUGAACCAACCUAGCUAUAUGGGCUGGUUAACCUCCUAAUAUUCCAAAAUCAGGCUGAAUCACACCCUAGUACUGUACACACAACAUAACCUCAUUUUCACUGACCUGGAUGGAUGUACAAAGGGGCGGUGGCUGCUCUGAAACCUUUGGUCGAACAGGUGGUGGGCGUUCAUGCCCAUCCAGGGGCGCCGCUCGCAGUUGGACCUACAGGCAAGCACACCGUUGGUGGAGGGCGCGAGCGCCUGGUCGGCCACUGGUCUUUCUCACGGUCCGCGCACAACGAUCCUGCAUCUAGAAGCAUCCUCGAAAUCGGGUUCAAGGUCAGGACUCAGGAAUGAAGACAGCAAGAGGGUAGUAACAUGCUGCGAAAGCAACUACUCCCUCCGUUCCUAAAUAUAAGUCUUUGUAGAGAUUCCAAUAAGAGACUACAUACGGAGCAAAAUGAAUGA